CAUGCGCGGGGGGUGGGGGCGGGCGUCUGAAUGGGAAUUGAGGCCUGAAAUAGGAAUUGGAGGAGUGAGUGGGAACAGGAGAGCAUUUUCCUGGGAAAGCUGACUUCUCGUCCUGCUGUUGGUGCUGCAGGUGAUCAUCUGCCCGAUGGAAGUAAAGCCAGUGGGGCCUUUCUGUCCUGGCCUCUCCUGAGUGGGAGCAGUCCUUGGAGGCAUCCAGUACUGGAGGUGAUGUCCCCAUCAGCUGCAGAUGCACAGAGCGUGCAUCUACCCCUAUUGACACACACGGAAGCACGGCCUGGCACGAGCAAGCUGUGCCAGCAGGAGCAUCCCAGGAGCAAAUCCAGCUCCAGAGGGGCCACACGGCCCCCGACUCCUUGUUUUGGGAUCUGGCCUGCUGCGUGCCCGCCUCUGUGUCAUUUAUGUGCCCCCGCAGCUGCGAAACGCCGCACGGCAGCAUUGGGUCCUGGAUGUAGGAAAUAUGAAUGACUGGCAGAGGAAAAGCCCUCUAGACUGGGAAACGUAUGUGAACAAAUUGGUGAAAGUUGUUGCAGUUGAGAAACACGAAUACGAAGGAUGGGUUUUAACAGUUGACCCAGUUUCUGCCACCAUUGUCCUCGCAACAUUCCCAGAGAACGAGAAAGGAUCCUUAUCAUUCGUCAUGGGCCACGCUGUCCAAGAGGUGGAGAUCCUGCAGGAAGGGGACAGCGACAUGAAGCAGCGCCUCGCUUGCAUCCUUGCACCCGAGGAAAGCCAAGCCUACAGCGCGGAGGAGCUGGAGGAGAGGAAGAACGCCUUGAAGACUUGGCUGGAGACAAACCACAUCCCCGUGGGCGAGCAGGGGGAGCUGGGCAGGACGCUGAGCGUGGCGGGGGUGCUGACCAUCGAGCCCCCGUACGGCCCCGAGCAGUGCAGCAGCACCAACGAGAUCAUCCUGUCCCGCGUGCAGGGCCUGCUGCAGCGCUACCUGCAGCAACAGCGGCGCUGAGGGCUGCUGCAGCGCUACCUGCAGCAACAGCGGCGCUGAGGGCUGCUGCAGCGCUACCUGCAGCAGCAGCGGCGCUGAGGGCUGCUGCUGCUGAGGCCUUUCGUCUCCUGGAGCGCUCCUGUUUUAGGAACCGUCCUGUUUUAGCAGAUCUCCUGGGUGUCAGUAUUCACUGUUUGCAGAAAUGCUGCGUUUUGGGUACUUUUGUCUUGAUUUUUUGUAUGUAAUGGAAGGAAUGAAGAAUAAAAGCACAAGCAUUUUUUCAUGUGCUGUUUUUAUUAGAAGCAAACAGUUGGGUAAUGCUGAUGUAAUAAACUGAUUUGUCAGUUAAGAGUUUUUGUAAAAAUAUUGUAAAAGAUGAUAUGUAAUACAUUUAAACUGUUUUCCCUUUAAAACUAGUUUAAUUAUGUAGUGCUGAUGGCAUGUUUAUUUGAACUGCCUACCAGAUUUUUUUUUUUUUUGAAAGCGAAUUAUGACAUCUGGACUUCCCAAACCAAAUUAAAAAAAA